CCUUUUGAGACUAGUUUUGGCGGUCCAUGAGCUUCCUGGCUCGUUUGGACCAAUCUACGAGCAUGAACUUGUAACAUCAAUCAAUCAAUCAAUCAAUCAUGUAAGGUAAGAAGUAGCGAGCGCUUCAAUUAUCAUAACACGGUCCAUGAUCUUUGGACAAUUUGUUUCGUGUGCCCUGGGAAAACCGGCCUCGUCCUGCUGGAAGACCUGCUCUUUUUCGCCAUGCCGUCCCACGCGCACAUCGUCGUUGCAAAACCCACGCGACACAGUCGCGAUAGGGAUUAACAAGGUGGAGGGCUGCAAUGCGGACAUGACCGCUGAGCGGCCCUAUUACCGGCGGUACUCGGUGUGCGAGGCGCACAUACGCGCGCUACAGGUGCAACACGCCGGGAAGACGCAGCGCUUCUGCCAGCAGUGCGGCAAAUUCCAGGAGCUCGUGGACUUUGACGGCGACAAGAGGUCCUGUCGAACGCAGUUAGCCAAGCACAGCGCGCGGCGGCGGCUGAAGCUGGCGGCGCGGCGGCAGCAGCGCGAGCAGGAGCGCCAGCAGCGGCUGCGCCAGCAGGACCAGGGCGGUGGUGGCAGUGCGGCGGGGGCUUGCGGCGGCGGUGAUGGCUCCGAUGCAGCUGAUGAGGACGAUGAGGGCACGGAGCACCACAGCGAGGACGAGCACAGGGCAGAUGGAGGCUCCACAGCGGGUGCCGCUGCUGCCAGCGGCGCUGCCGCCACAGCCGGGCGCCGCGGCGACGAAUCAGAUGACGGCAGCAUGGAUGAGGAUCACGGUGGCCUUGCAAGCUAUGAUGGGGCCGCUGCUCGCGGCCGCAGGCACAAAGCGUCCGCACGCGACAAGGCGGCGGCGGCAGCGGCACCAGCAGCAGCCGCGGCAGCAGCAGCAGCAGCAGCAGCAGCAGCAGCAGCAGCAGCAGCAGAAGUGGCAGAAGCCGGUAUGCGGCGGGCUGGUGCGCGCGUUGCCGCAGGCAGGAACAGAAGCAGCAAGAGCCGGCGGCGCGCCGAGCCGCCUAGCACCGCCCGCACGUCAUCAGCGGAGGGGAAAGGGGACAGCAAGCCGGCUGCAGAAGGUGGUGCUUCCGGCAUGUCCGCUGCAGCUGCUGCCACCACUGCUCCUGAGCUGCGGCCUGCACGGCAGGGCACACGGAACAGGCAAGCUCGCGCAGCCGCGCUAGCCGCAGUGGCCGCAAUGGCCAAGGUCGGACAGAGCAGCAGUAGCAGCAGCGGCGGCAGCAGCAGCGAUGAUGCUGACAGCGCGGCAGAAGAGGAGCAGCAACAGCAGCCGUCAGCAACACGCCGGCGAGUUGCCGCGGCCGUGCGGAGCCCCGCGCGGGCCAUGGCACCGCAGGCACCACAGGCGCCGCCGCCGCCAUCUGCUGCCACCGCGGCAGCGGCCAUACCCCCCAUGAGCAUCAAGAGGGAGUUGGCGGAUGCCGCGGAGGAGUCCUAUGCUGCGGAGAACGCACAAGGCGGUCUGCGGAGUGGCUCAGCCGGCGCCGCGUCGCCUGACGCGGCGGACGAACCUGCCGCGGCGCCGCGGCUGAUGACGGCGGGUCUGGCCAUUGCGGCAGGCACCGAGGUGGCAGCUGGCUCUCAGCCCCAGCAGCACGUGGCCGCCAGCGCUGCUGCUGGGCAGCAGCCGGCGCAGGACCGCGGCGGCGGGGCAGCCGCGGCAGCCGCCGUGGACACAUCGGCGGGCAGCGCAGACGCCGCCGCAGACGCAGCGGCGGGGCCGGCGCGUGACGCGCAGCAGCAGCAGGCGCACGGCGGACAUGGUGCUGCAGUAGUCGCCGUACAGGAGGAGCCCCAGCAGCAGCCGCAGAGCAGGUUCGGACCUGACGUGGAGCGUGAGGAUGGCGGCGGCGGCGGUGGCGACGAAAUGGAGGUCGACGGUGCUGCUGGAGCGACCGCCGCCGGUGCAGGUGAAGGUGCAGGUGGCAAGGGCGAGGAUGCCAGCAGGAAGGUCCAGGGCGGCGCCAGUCCUUUCCAUAGCCAGCAGCAGCAGCAGCAGCAGCAGCAGCAGCAGCAGCAGCAGCAGUUGCGGGAGGUCCGCACUGCUGCAGCCAGCAGCGGCGGCCGCGGCGGCGGGGUUGCCGGCAGUGGGGGCGGCGGCAUGUCGGAGCAUGACGUACGGCUGCGACUGCUGGGGCGGCUAUCGAGUGGCGCCGGCACAGCACCAGCAGCCACCAGCAGCCAUCCGCACCCCGCACCGGGCCUGCAUCUGCAGCCCGCACAGACCACGCCAAUGCUGGCCGCGCCAGGGUCCGCGGCGGCCGCCGCUCCGGAGGCCACCCGAAGUUUGGCCGACAUCGGGGCGGCUGUACGCAAGCGUGCGGCCGAGCAGCUCCGGCGGUACCAGCAGCAGGAGCGCCAGCAGCCACUAAAAGCAAGUGAGCAGCUGCAGCAGCAGCAGCAGUUCAACUCUGCGCCCGGGUUCGGCCGUGGUAGCCGGACGUCGUACGAGGCGGCAUCUGUGGCAGGCGGGUCCAUGUCUUGUGGCGCGGUGAUGGGCUCGGCGGCAACAUCAGGUGCCUUGUACAGCGCCUUACCGGAUGACUUGCAGCUGGACCUGGAGAUCAACUCAAUGCUGGUGGAGCUUGCGGCCGAGCAGGUGCUGAUGGGGCAGCAGCGGCAGCAGCAGCGGCUGCGCCAAAUGCAGCAGGAGCGUCUGCUUCCGCUGCUGCAGCAGCCAUCAGCACACCAGCCGCUGUCAUCGGGUGCGAGCGACAUGGAGGUGUCACAGACUCUAUCAAUGGAGCCCGCUGUGGGCAAUAUCACGCCCUCGCCCGCGGCGGCAAUCGCAUUGGCCCUGCGCGGUGCUGGCUCAUCAGCAUCUGGCGCGGACGCCGUCGGCGGUCUCCCUGCGACCGCCGUGGCCGCACUGAGUGCACGCCUGCCAACGCUCCCCACUUCCCUAAUCGCAUCUCCGCCGGCAUCACAUCAGCGCCUGCAGACACAGUUGCAGGCGCACGGCAUAACGCUUCACCUGGGUGCCCUUGCCUCCCCGCCGCCGGCAGCAGCAGCCGGCGGCGCGGGCGACGCUUCUGGCGCCAGUGGCGGCGGAGGCGGCACUAGCGGCGGCAGCGCCCGCGACGCACGGCAGCAGCUGCAGCAGCAGCUGGGCUCAGCUGGUGCUGCACUCAUGAGGCAGACCCCGCGCGACGCGCCCGCACACACGGGCAACGCCUCCUCUCCCCAUGGUACUGGUGGCUCCUUUGCCGGCCAGGGCUGCUCUGCGUCCGCCUCCAUUAUGGCGGCAGCUAGUGGUCGCAUCAUAAUGCCGGUCGCAGCCGGCGGCCUGAGCUCAGCUGGCGAAUCUUCCGGAUACGCGCAGCUAAUGGGUAGCAACCUGACCUCCGGGCCGCUGCUGGCCACCAAACCGGUGGGCGAUAUGUCUUCCGCGCCGGCAGGCUUCGUCAGAGAUGCCCGCAUGAGCGGUCUGGCUGACAUCUCCGCUUUCACUGGUUCGGCGGUAGGCGCUGUGGGCGGCGGCGUUGGGCACCCGCCGCGGUGGGGCAGCGCCGGCGACGCGGUCCCCGUGGAGGCUGCUACAGCCAUUCCUGGCAUGGGCCGUAGCGGCGGCGGCGUGGAUGGCUUCCGGGCGCACACAAGCACUGCUGGUGGUGCUGGCGGCGGCGGCGGUGGUGGUGGUGGUGGUGGUGGUGGUGGUGGUGGUGGUGGUGGUGGUGGUGGUGGGCACGGCCUGGUGCCGGAGCGGCUAGACGACUGGCGCUCUCUGGCGGCGAGCGGCGCCAUGGCUCCAUCCAGUCUUGGCGGCGGCGGCAUCAGCAACAGCCUUGGAGCGAGCAUGGGGCAGCGACCCGCAUCGGACGGGGCGGCGGUGUUUCCGCUCAGCCUCAUGCGUGGCGGUAGCAGCAGCGGCGGCAGCCUUACGGCGCUGGGCUCGGCGCCUGGCGGCGCGCGCCGCGGCGGCAGCGGCCUGUCAGCCGGUGGCAGCGGUGCUACAGCUGGCGGCGGCGGCGGCGGCGUCCUGGGGCUCGCCGGCGGGCGCCCUGGCACACGUGUGGAGCUGCUACAGCUGGACGCUGUGGGUGCUACAGCCGCAGCCCGCCAGCCCGCCGCCGAGGCGGGCGCUGGGUUUGGCAGCAUGAUACUCUGCGAGCUGGGCGCUACCGGCGGCGGCGACGAGGGUGGCGGCAGUGGCUCGUUUGCGGGUCUUACGGCGUACAGGCAGGCAGCAGGCGGCUCAUCAGGAGGGUUGCUUGGCAGCGGCGCCCGCACUUCGUGGCUCAGUGGCGGCGUCCUUGCCAUGGACACAGAUGACGGGGAGGGAGUCCCGGGCGGGAGGGCGGUGGCGGGGGCCACAGACACGCGCCGGGGCAGCGGCUAUGGCACCGAUGGCGUGGGUUCGGGCGCGGCCGGCCGCAUGGCCCUGCAGCUGCAACAGCAGCUGGAACAGUAUGGCCAGCAACACGGCUUGCCGCAGGACGGGGCUGCACCGGUGGGGCUGCGGAUGCAGUCGCAGCCCCAGCCGCAGAUGCAGAUGCAGAUGCUGCAGCGGCAGGCGCUGCCGACCCCUGAAAGCAGUGCGGCGCCUAGUAGUGUGGCACCCGCGGCAGGUUCAGUGCCGCCGUUCAACAGCGACCCCGGCACCAGCAACAACAUCCGCCGGCAGAUGCAGCUACAGCUGCAGCUGCACCAGCUUGCACAGCAGGCACAGCAUGAUCAGGCCGUGCAGCAGCGUGCCAUGCAGGUUCAGCAGGCUCAGCAGGCUCAGCGGCGGCAGGCACAGCUGCAGCAGAUGCAGCUGCGGCAAGCCUGGCAGAUGCAGCAGCAACAGGCGCAACAGCAGCAGGCGCAGCUAGCGCAACAGGCGGCAGCGCAACAGCCGAUGCCUUGGGAGUUGGAGGCGGCGCUCGUGCAGCGCUUCAGCAUCAAGAUGUACGGGUGCUCACCCGAGGACCUGAUGCCGGACGCUCGCGAGCAACUGGAGGCCUGGCUCCGAUCCCAAGGGCUGCACGUGCUGCAGGCCAGUGCGCGCAGCGGCUGCGUGCACAUCGUGGCGGACGUCGUGCGCAUGCCGCCGCAGCAGCUGGCCCCAGCAGCGGACACGGCUGCCGAGGCGGCGAUGGCGGGGCGGGGGCCACCUGGUGAGCCGCAUGGUGAUGCCGUUGGUGCCGGUCGCAGCAGCUCUGAAGGCCUGUAUGAGCUGCUAGGCGGCUUGGUGCUACAGCCCGGUAUGGCAGGCAGUAGCAGCCAGUGGCAAGGAGAUGGCGGCGGCUGCAGUAGCGACGGCACUUCAGCAGGGGGCGACCAGCGGAUCAGCAGCAGGAGCGGCAGAGCGGUUCUGGGCUUGCUGCAGGGCCUGUUGGGGCCUCGGCUGGGGCAGAAGGACACCACGACAGGUUCCGGCUCCGCCACACACGCAAGACCUGCCGGCGCGGAUUAUGAGCAGCAGGUGGCAGCGGGCCGUGUGGAGCUCCAGCUGGGCUCGCAGGUCAUAGAGCUCACGCUGCAUCAGCUGCUGCAAGCCGCCGCCGAGGUGGCGAAGCGGCCCGCUGGAGGGCCACCGCUGCAGCAGAUGCAGCAGCAGCGAGGAUGUGAAUAAAGGGCAGCAAGAGGCGGAACCUUCGGACUGAGGCGCAGGUGGACAGGCAGUCAGCUGGCAGUGCAGAGCAAAACAUUUUCGUAGCGUGCUGCACACGCCGACUGGUUGUAGCGAAGCUGGCCCGCGCACUUCAUAGCAUGCAAAGCAGCCAACCCAGUGCUCAAGCGAAAGUAUGCAUAAGCACGUGCAGACUUGCGUGCAUGCCCUUGCAUGUAUGCAUGCAUGCAUCUUGGGGUGAGAGGACCGCGCGCCGUGCAGAAGUUCUGCUGGGUGAUCCAAUAAUGGAGUGCGACUGCGCUGCCGUGGAGAUUAGAUGGUCUGGUUUCGCCCAGCCAGCAGCAUGCAGCAGGAUUUCAAGAAGCGGCCGGGGGUGUCAUGUCAACGGGACGUUGGUGAGGGAUUACGAAUUGGGUGACGUAUGUACAAUGUGAAUGUGGGUGACUGUGGACUGGCUGGGUAAUAAGCCGCCAGCGAACUGGCGAACGGGAGUGGCCAGUGGCUGUAUGGAAUGCCCCGUAGUUGCAUCCGGGCAUGUUGCAUGCAUUACCAACAAGUAUGCGAGCCUUGAGCACAGUGCUUUGAGCACCUAUUACAUCUAGGUCCGGAACGCAUGGCAACCUCUGCCGCUAGUACCGGCGACGCACGCCAUGUCACAUCGGAACUACGCUGCACGCAAGGCAGCUGUUCACCGGUCGACCUCCGGAGAAGAACAUCCAUGAUGUGCGUGCUAAAGACAGGCGCGUCACGCCUUGCUUGCAAGGUUAUAACUAAGUAAUGCCGCUGGCGCGAUUGUAGUGCCCAGGGCAGGGAGCUACCUUAAUGCCAUUGAUUCUGCAUGAUAAAAGCCUUGUUUGGGGAAGUGGCAUGAAGUACGGGGAUCGGUGCAUGACAUGGACAUGUCGUGCAAUGCGCACUUGUAUGUGCUGGUGGAGAAAGGGCGAGGCGGAGAGAGCAAGAAUAACAUGGGCAUACUUGCACACGUUUUUGGACAUCCCAACACACGCACGCGCCGAGUGCCCAACGCAGAUGCAGUAUUACCUUGAGCUGCACGUGGCAUACCUCUAUCUUGCGCGUUGUGCGGCAUUAUUGGUGGGGUAGGGGGUUUGAUGGGGAUUCACGAUUGGAAGCGCGUCUGUGUGUAGUACGGUUGUGGGACUGGGCCACGGAAAACGUGCAUUCCUGUGGCAUGGUAUAAGCCGCGCGCUGGUCUGGGAAAUGGUUGUUGCGGCUUGUCGCCUUCGCGGCAUAGCCCACCCUGGCAUUUGGGGCAUCGAGGCUGCUUCUCCGCGCGUCGUGGUGCCCUUGCGUAGUACAUACAAGUGUACUCCCCGUCGCAACUUGCGGACUUGGUCACUAGCGGCAGGGAGUCGCCAGCCUUGCGCGUGACUGUUGAUGUGGAAACCGCAAUGCAUGAGUACGCUAACGUUUAGAGCAUGUUACCCAUACAAGUGUGGCAUUGGGAUGGCUGGUGGAUGGGGUACUGCACAUUCAGGCAGGGAUGCGUUGGGGCAUGUUUGGGCAUUUAUGAUUGGGGGGGGGGGCACACCGGUCGGCGACACGGCGAGUGCAACCGGCCCUGCUGCUUUUGAAGGCGAACACGGUUGUCCAUCAAUGAGGGGGCUUCAUUUUGCGUUGUGCGUACUUUGUAUAAGCACGUGCCAGUGGGCCCAGUGUAAGGCAGGCGCAUUUGUUUGCUGGUGCCCGCGGGCUAGCUGGGGAUGCACUGUGUGCUUGGGCUCCGGAUUGCGUGUGUCGGACCUCGCCUUGCACGAAAGCGCAGUGUAAGGGGUCUGCUCAGGGGAGGGGUCUGCUCCUUCAUUUGGUACCGGCAGCUGCAAGGGACGUGGAGGCCUGCGUAGGCGUGUGCGAUGGGACAGGGUUAAGGCAGGUUGGUGAAGUCCCAGACCAUGCGUGACAUGCGCUAUUGGUGGAUUGGUUGUCCGAGGAUGCGAGACAAUAUACGGUAUCGACCUGUACAACGUGAAACCCGUCCUGUUGCUAGGUGUGUGUGCAAGGAAACGCUGGAACACAAUCUUUCUAAAUGUCACAUCAAGUCAAAGCCUCUGACCCUUAAGCGAGGGCACGGCGGGAGGCAUAAGAAGGAAGUGGCUGGAGGUGGCGCGAACGGCAGGGCGGUCAGGGCGGCUACAUGGGCUGGGCGGGCGGUCCAGUUGUACGGAGGGUUUGCAGGGCAUGUGGGAUCAGGACCACCCCAGCCCGGGCCUCCGGUUUUCACGAGGCAGGAA